UAUGAUGUGGUUAAAUUUGUCUGAUUGGUUGUGUUCCGCUGUGCCACGCGACUUUGAGCGAAUCAACUAGCCAUCUGUCCUGCGCAACUGUUGCACUUGUCCACUUUGUGAUUGAAGAGCGGAGCAGAGGUUGAAGAAACCAUCGACUAACUUUUACCUGGACUAGGCUAAUUUAAACGGUCUAUUUGAGCCUUUUGACAUUAUGCAUUUACUACAAGGUUAGCAGAUUAAGGUAGUUAUCCACAGUCUCAGUACAGCACGGUCCACCAAUACAGCAAGUGAGCUAACUAGCUUGCUAGCUAAUCCUCUGGUUCUACAAGAUGUCUAUGAGAACACUUCCUCUAGUUUUUAUUAACCUCGGCGGAGAAAUGCUCUAUAUUCUGGACCAACGUCUUCAAACUCAGAAUACCGCCGAUGAUAAUACACAGAAAGGUGUAUGGUCAGAUGACGACAGAAAAAGAGUUAUGAAUGACAUCAUAGCCACCAUGUUCAGUAAGGCCUUCAUGGAGGAACUGCUGAAGCCUCAGGACCUCUACAGUAAUAGGGCUCUGAGAACAGUGCUAACACGACUAGCCCAUGCCUCCAUCAUGAGGCUCAACCCUGCCAGCAUGGAUAGGCUUUAUGAAUUGAUGGUGAUGGCUUUCAAAUACCAACUCCUGCUGUGUCCACGUCCCAGAGACCUGCUGAUUAUUUCAUACAAUCACAUAGACGCCAUCCGGGAGUUUGUGAGAGACACCCCCAGUGUUCUCAACCAAGUGGACGAGACACACCGAAAGAUCAUUGAGGUGUAUACACCCUUGUCUGAUGGGGAAUUUCAACUCCUCCGACAAACGCUUCUCAUAUUUCUUCAAGACAUGCAUGUCAGGGUAUCACUUUUCCUCAAGGAUAAAGUGCAGAAUCCCAAUGGACGCUUUGCUCUCUCGACCACAGGCCCAGUGCCCCAUGGGACAGAAGUCCCAGGGUUAAUCAGGAUGUUUAGUAGCAAUGGGAAGGAGUGGAAGAGAUGGGAGUUCCCCACUGGAGGCAGUUACACCAGCUCCAUCCGAGUGGGCUCCUUUGAGCGGUUUGGAGAUAGAGUCACCCGAAUUGGGACAAAUAUGUACAGAGUGACUCAACCAGAAGAAACUCACACAUCCAAGAACUACUCUCAAAAGGCGAACUCUGAACCCAAUCCCCUGGCCAAAGAGGAGCUGAACCUGCUGGCUCGACUGCUGGGUGGAAUGAAGGUUCAGAACCGAAACACUGAAACAGGGUUCCGGGUCAACCUCUUUGCCACAGACCAAGAGGAAGAGGAGGCUGGAGCAUCAGGAGGGAAUGGGGAUCAGUCAUUCCAAGUGAUUAAUAUUCAAGCAACACAGGACGUGCAAGUCAACACAGAACUGGCUCGGAUCGCGGGAGAGUUUACCGGGGAGCCUGAACAGACUGAAUCACCAGAGGGACCAAGCAACAAGGGGGAUGACCUGCUGGCCAUGAUGGAUGAACUUAUUGAACUAUAAUGUUGAUUAUGAUGAGGUUCUGGUGGGUAGAGCUGUAAAAUCAGUAUUGUAGUUUGGGCAAGAUGCCUAUUGUAGUUUGGGUGCUUAAUGUUACUGUGGUUAUCCACUAUACUUGAGCUGGUCAAUCAAUGCUUACAUACACAAACUCAACAUUACCUCUUAGGCCCGUUUGUUGGACAAAAGUUGAAUCACGUAUUACUUUAGUCUAUCUUUUCAUCCCUCUGGUGGUGCUAUUUUGGUUUGUAGAUUACAUCUUAAAACGAGUGCAAAAAGUGAAGUAUAAGACUGUAAAAAUAAAUGAAAAGUAUUGUAGAUAUGAAUAUAUUGUAUAUUUGUAAUGUUGAUGAUUCUAUGAAGAAAAUCUUGUGUAUAUAGAGAAUAUUUAUAUAUAGUAUGUAUGAGUUUUAUUUUUGUAUUCGGUGGCACUUCAUAUUUUGGUAAAUGAUCUACCAGUCAUUGAAUAUAAGAAGCAGUUGUCUUCAAUAAACCAACACUCAAGCA